CCAGUGCCUGCACCCCUGCCUCCGCCUCUGCCCACCCGGCCCAAUCCCUUACAACUGCCCCGGGACUGCUCCUGAGUAGCUGCUGUGAGACAAGGGCCCACAGGUUGCCCCUCUCUGCUCCAGCUAGAAAGACUUGACUUAGACAAGCAGAAGCACACACCUCCUUACCUCAUGGCGACAGAAAAUGGAGCAGUUGAUUUGGGAAUCCAGAGCUCAACAGACAAGGCAUCUAACAGUGCUACAGAUGAAGGACCUCGGGCUGCAGAGAAACUCCCCGGCUCCCCAGACCCCAAGAAAGAUCCAGAUCCAUCCACCCUGAAGAAAGAUGCCAAAACCCCUGCUCCAGAGAAAGGGGACGGUGUCCCAGCUCAGCCCUCAGCCAGCAGCCAGGUCCCUGAGGCAGAGGCUGACCAGGGAGGGGGACCUGCGGAGGGCAAUGCCGGGCAGCCAGCAGCCCUGCCCCAGCAGACUGAGACAGCCGAGGUCAGUGCCAAGAAGCCCAGUGCUGAGCAGGGAUCUGCAGGCAGCCGAGCACCCGGAGAGCCCAAGGUGGGCAAGAAAGUGGCAGAGGGCCAAGCCAUGGCCAGGAGGGGCUCUCCUGCCUUUCUGCACAGUCCCAGCUGCCCCGCCAUCAUCUCAAGCUCUGAGAGACUGAUGGCCAAAGAGCCCCUCAGUGAGGCCUCAGAGCUCAUCUUUGAAGGGGUACCUGAUACUCCUGGCCCCCCAGAUCCUGGGCCAGCCAAGGCAGAAGGAGAGAAGAACAUCAUGGCAGGGAGCCAGAAGGAAGCAGGAGAGAAAGCCCCAGGCCAGGCUGGCCUGGCCAAGGUGCAAGGGGACACCUCGAGAGGGAUUGAGUUCCAGGCUGCGCCCUCAGAGACAGCGGAGGACUGGCAGGCCCUCGGUCUCCCAGCCGGGGAGGAGGACUGCUUCCAGAUUCUGGACGAUUGCCCCCCUCCUCCCGCCCCCUUUCCACACCGAGUCGUGGAGCUGCGGCCUGGAAACGUGAACAGCGAAUUCAGCUUGAACUCCAAGGAGGCACUUGGAGGGGGCAAGUUCGGAGCAGUCUGUACCUGCACAGAGAAAGCCACAGGCCUCAAGCUGGCAGCCAAAGUCAUCAAGAAGCAGAGCCCCAAAGACAAGGAAAUGGUGAUGCUGGAGAUCGAGGUCAUGAACCAGCUCAACCACCGCAACCUGAUCCAGCUCUACGCGGCCAUCGAGACCUCGCACGAGAUCAUCCUGUUCAUGGAGUACAUCGAGGGCGGUGAGCUCUUCGAGAGGAUCGUGGAUGAGGACUACCAGCUGACUGAGGUGGACACCAUGGUGUUUGUCAGGCAGAUCUGCGAUGGGAUCCUCUUCAUGCACAAGAUGAGGGUCCUGCACUUGGACCUGAAGCCAGAGAACAUCCUGUGUGUCAACACCACGGGACACUUGGUGAAGAUCAUUGACUUUGGCCUGGCGCGGAGGUAUAACCCCAACGAGAAGCUGAAGGUGAAUUUCGGGACCCCGGAGUUCCUGUCCCCUGAGGUGGUGAAUUAUGAGCAGAUCUCCGAUAAGACUGACAUGUGGAGUCUGGGGGUCAUCACCUACAUGCUGCUGAGUGGCCUCUCCCCCUUCCUGGGAGAUGAUGACACUGAGACCCUGAACAAUGUCCUGUCUUCCAACUGGUACUUUGAUGAGGAGACCUUCGAGGCUGUGUCAGAAGAGGCCAAAGACUUUGUCUCCAACCUCAUCAUCAAGGACCAGGGGGCCCGAAUGAGUGCCGCCCAGUGCCUGGCCCACCCCUGGCUCAACAACCUGGCUGACAAGGCCAAGCGCUGCAACCGCCGCCUGAAGUCCCAGAUCCUGCUUAAGAAAUACCUCAUGAAGAGGCGCUGGAAGAAAAACUUUAUUGCUGUCAGUGCUGCCAACCGCUUCAAGAAGAUCACCAGCUCGGGAGCUCUCAUGGCUCUGGGGGUCUGAGGUUCUGAGGUCUGGACGCAGCCGCAGAGUGGCCGGGCAGAGGCCACACAGCCCAGAAGGCCAGAGUGGGCAGGCCAGGUCCCUGGGACGGGCCGGCCAAGGCAAGGCUGUGUCAGGCCAGGCUGGGAGGCUCAGGCUCCCCAUGCCCCCAUGCGGCGACGCUUCCCCAACGCCAGCUGCCUCUCCUGGAGAAUGGCCCUAUCCGAUCCGUACUGCUGAUGCCUCCCCAGACAGGGCUUGGGCCCAGCAGCCGCACGCCAGCCUCCAUGGACCUUGAAGCAGCUCCCUAGUCCCCUUCCUAGAUCCCCCUUUGAGCACUGCCCUGCGGCCCCUGUCUGCCCCUCCUGGGGCAUCCCUGGCCAGGACUUGCUCCUGGCUGGGGUGUGGUGGAUGGGGGUCCUGCAUGUGAGGCUUCCAAGGUUGUGGAAGGGAGGCUUCUGGCAGGGCAGAAAGGCUGCCUGGGGAGACAGAGCAGGCUUUGUAAACCAGGACCUCCAUGCCCCACAGCCUGCACUCCCAACAGAUAGGGCCCAUCUGGGCCAGCCCGCCCCACCCACACACAGGAACCCUGGGAGAGAGAGGGUGUCCUGUCUGGGCCCAGUGGAGGGGCAGGUGAGAGGCCUAGGGGACACAGGAGACUACCCCAGAGCUUACCUGUGGGCUAAACCUGCCCAACCCAGCCUCUGUGGGCCCAUCCUCCACCGAGAGGAUUGGUUCAGCAGGCUCAGGAGUGUGAGGUCCCUGGGCAGCCCCCAGCCUGCUGUCAGCUUGUGCCUUGUAAAUAAAUGCACAGGUCAG